CAAAAUGUUGAUUUUAUUGUGCGCUCAGCAUUCGCCGAGUCGAGAACGUGAUAUCGGCUAGCUUCUUGAAAAGGUGGUGGGUUCCAGUCAGUCUGUUUCUGUUUCUACGUUUAGCGUAAAAAAACACAAAAACAACAACACUCUGCCUGGUGUAGAUUUAUUAAUCGCGCAAUCAAUUCUACUAGAGAGAGAGAGAGAGAGGGUGCCCCUUUCUGGAGGAUUUCGGCCAUUCGUCUGUCAUCAUCAUGACCUGGGAACAUCUGGAGCGUGGCAGCUCCCCGGUGGAUUGGUGCGAAGGAAAUUAUCUUAUUUCUCCUGACAUAGCCGAGUUUGUGAAUACGAUAAGCAACAUUCUAUUCCUGGUGGGUCCGCCGUUUCUGAUCUACCUGUUCAAGGACUAUGGCCGAUUCGUGCAACCCGCCAUUCACAUGAUCUGGAUCCUGCUGAUAGUGGUCGGUCUCAGUUCGGCCUAUUUUCACGCCACCCUGAGCUUGCUGGGCCAGCUGCUGGACGAACUGACCAUCCUGUGGGUGUUUAUGGCCACCCUGAGCCUGUUCUGUCCCCGGCGACACUUUCCCCGAAUUUUCAAGUACUCAAGGAAGAGGUUUUGCAUUUCGAUGAGUGUGUUUUCGUUGGCAGCUACCGGACUGUCGGUUUGCUAUCCGGCUAUCAAUGCGUUUGCCCUGAUGCUGCUCGCUAUUCCGGCCACGUACUUGCUCUACAAGGAAUUGCAAAUCGUUCAGGACAAGCGGGUCUACCGACUGGGAGUACGCAACACCACCAUCCUGAUACUGGCCAUCGUUUGCUGGAUCAACGAUCGGCUGUUCUGCGAUGCCUGGUCCCGGGUAAAUUUUCCGUAUCUGCACGGCUUUUGGCACAUCCUGAUCUUUAUUUCCGCCUACACGGCUUGCGUGCUGUUUGCGUACUUUUUCGUCAACGAUGAGCGCCCGGAAAGUCGACCGCAGCUCAAAUACUGGCCCAGCAACAAUUUUGAGUUGGGCGUUCCGUACGUUUCGGUUAACUGCUACAAGAAACUGAACGACGACAUCUGAGCGACAUGGGAGGAGGUUUGAGCAGUUUCUGAGAGAUUCUUCCAAUCAAUGCAAUAAUGGUGAAAACACAUAAAUACUCCCAAUGCUCGAGUAUGUAGAAUUAUUUACUGAAUCUCAUUCGUCGAAUUUAAUGCUCUUAGAUGGAAUCUCAAUUCUGAAAACCACACCACAGUCGAACAUAUAAAUUAUUGAAAAUAGUUUUUGUUUACUUAAUGUAAAUAACGAUGAAGACCGAAGAAGAUGUCAUAGCUAACCCGAAUUGCAAUUGAAUGAUCGAAUUUAUUUAUGAUGGAAUGUUGCGAACUCUCGAAGUGUAGUGAGAAGUGUUAGUACAAAAGGAUACAACUUGUCUAAAAGUGGAUGCAGUAAAUUGUAUCAUAAUGCCAAAAUUAAACUCUAAAAACUAUGUAAAAUCCAGUCCUAAAUAAACAUUAUUGAUAGUUCAAAUAUUUCAGACCCCUUGAAAGAUUGUUUUAACAGAAAAAAAACACCUAUUAUUUUUUCAAGAAGCGAAUCGAAGCUGGUGAUUUUAGAAUGUACUAGAAAGCCGUUAAAUAAAAAAUAAGUUUUACGAACUAUUGAUCUGUAGAAAGAAGCAAAACAAUUUUUCAGAAAAAAUUGUUCAGUUAAUGGGUUUUUUCGAUGAGUUAUCAAUAGAUGUGUAUGUUUACUCAAAUUUGUUCAGCUUACAUUUUAACGUUCUUCAAUGUUCGAGCUUCCCAAAAUUUUGAAUCGUAUUUCUAUCGAUCAUAUUUAUCAAAAUGUUUCGUGUAAAUAUUGGUUCACAAAUAUUGUUUUUCUUAGCCUACCGAUUUUCGUGUACAUUACAGCUGAAAGUGUGCGCUUAUCACAUGUUUCUGAAAUCAGAAAAAAUUAAAGGCGUUUGUGAUUGCAACAGGAAUUCUUUAGAUUUUAAGUAUUACAAAGAAAAUAAAAGCUUCAUAUAUGUAUGAAAUGUUUUAAAAAUCAAAAUUCAAUAAAUAAUACCCCAAAAUA